GACAACCAAGCUAAUGGUCGCUAUUUAACAUGGUCGCCCAAUCAACCGAAACACCGGUAGAAGAGAAAUUAACAUACACCGUGCUAAAGAAAGUUUAAGUUCCCCUAUAAGACGGCUGAUUCUUUCAACAUACACACAAAAACAUGUUUGCAAAUGUUCACAGUAAAAGACCAACACGACCCCCUUUUGUCUCCUCUACAUUUGGCCGUGAGAUGACUCUCCAGCACAUAGUCAUUCAUCCUUCUCUUCUCCCUGGACCGCUUGGCUGCCUCGUUGUUCUUACGACGUUUCUCCCAGUAGAGGGCAUCCUUCUUAUCCUCAGGUGAUGACAUGGACUCCAUGGGAGAUGAAAAAUGAGUAUCAACCAACAGAGACCUUAAAUCAAGAAGAAUAGAGGAAAGAUUUGUGUUGAAGACAGAAAGGCUGAAUGAGGUGACGAUCGGAGUCUAUACUGCUGACAGUCCACAGCUGUCACCUAUGGGGGAUAAAAAUAUGAAAAGUUAUUUAUUUAUGUUAGCCAUGUAAACUCGUACAUCCAAAAGAGUAAACAGUAACAGGUACGCUGCACAGGGAAUACUGGCAACUGUGACACCGGAGCCUUUACCUGGGGGAGAGAGAGGAAGGCGGAGCAGAGAACAGGUUCCGCCUGCAGAAAGAGAGAGAUGGUGGAUGGAUGAAACAGGUUCUAUACAAUGCUCAAGGACUGGCAAACAAUCCAGAUUUGAUACAUGGUUGGAUCUGAGCGGCCGCUUGGUUCUUUCUCGCCGUGAUUGCUCAUGCAGACUCCAGCGGAGACUCAUCCAGAAGAACUAAUAGCAUAACUGCAGUCUACAACCGUCAUGGCCCAGGAAGGUGUUGAAUCUGGCCUCACAUGGGAGGUGAGGGCAAACAGCCGCCACUACCACAAACCCAAACAGAAGAAUUCCUUCAUGUGCUUCCGCUGGGGGAGAUACGCAGACAAUUUGGUGCGCAGCUACAAGUACUCCCCCCUGACAUUCCUGCCCCUGACGCUGUUUGAACAGUUCCAGCGAGUGGCAAAUCUCUACUUCCUCCUCAUGGUGGUGUUGCAGUGUGUUCCUGUCAUCUCAUCCAUACCCUGGUACAUCUCCAUCAUCCCGCUGUUCACCGUACUCUCUAUAAGAGCACUGAAAGACCUUGUCAACGACAUGGCAAGGAGACGCAGUGACUCUUGGAUUAACUCCCGACCCUGUGAUGUACUCAUCUCCCAGAGUUUCAACACAGCACAGUGGAAGGAUCUGUUUGUUGGAGAUGUGCUGCGGAUCCGCAAAGACCAAGUCAUCCCUGCUGACCUACUCCUCCUCUGUAGUUCAGAGCCUCACAGUCUGUGUUAUGUGGAGACAGCUGAUAUCGAUGGAGAAACUAAUCUCAAGUACCGGCAGGCGCUCAGUGCUACACACAAUGAGCUGACCUCUCACCCCUCAGAGGAGGCUCUUGCUGCUUUUGAUGGUGUCGUGCUCUGUGAGGAGCCCAACAAUCGCCUGCACACCUUCAGAGGCCAGCUGCAUUGGCGAGGAGAGUGUCUCCUGCUGGACAACGAGCACAUCCUCCUGAGGGGAACAGUCCUACGCAACACAGAGUUUGCCUACGGCUUGACCAUAUAUACUGGCGCGGACACUAAGAUCCUGAGGAGCUGCGGGAAAGUGAGAAUGAAGAUAACUCGAAUGGAAAAAGUUUUCAACAAAGUGGUGAUUGGGAUAGUCGUGUCGGUGCUGAUGACUGCUCUGCUCCUCGCCAUCGGCAGCGGCGUGUUUUCGGCAUGGCUCAUGAACGACUUAGGGGUCAUGUCUGUUCUGGUGGUUGACAGCAACCCCGUCUACACAGGGUUCCUCGUGUACUGGAGCUACAUCAUCCUGCUCAGCCCGGCCAUGCCCAUAAUUCUCUAUAUCACGUUUGAGGUGAUCCACACGGUCCACAGCCAGUUUAUUGGCUCAGAUCUGGAGAUGUAUUGGCAGCCUGCAGACAAACCGGCCCAGGCCAGGAAUACCUCACUGAGUGAGGAGCUCGGCCAAGUGGGAUACCUGCUGAGUGACAAAACUGGGACACUAACCCAGAAUCAUCUGCUCUUCAGACAAUGCUGCAUAGCGGGGGAGAUCUAUGGUGAUGCAUCAGUCAGGGCAGAAGACACAGAGCCAAUGGAUUUAAGCUGGAAUCCAUUCUCCCGUGGUGGUCUGUACAUGUCAGCUCCCAGCCUGGUGAAGAAGCUCAGAGGACAGGAGUGUCCACUCAGCCGGCAGUUCCUCACAGCGAUGUCUUUAUGUCACACUGUCAUGGCAGAGUGGAAGAAUGAGGCUCCAGUUUACCAGGCUGCAUCCCCAGAUGAGGAGGCUCUUGUCUGUGCCGCCAGGGAGCUGGGUUGGGUCUUUCUUUCCAGGACAAGAGACUUUAUCGUUGUCUCCGAGCUGGGUGUCACUCGCCAGUAUCAGCUGCUGGCCCUGCUGGACUUUACCAGCCAGAGAAGACGCAUGUCUGUACUGGUGCGGGAGCCGGAGGGUGGGUUAAAGCUGUACUGUAAAGGGGCGGACAUAGUGAUCCUGGAGAGACUGCAGAAGGACUUUCCAUAUCUGGAGAGAAGUGAAACAGCCCUGGAGUUGUUUUCCCAGGCCUGUCUGAGGACUUUGUGUGUUGCGGUUCGAUCUGUUCCUGAGGCAUCGUGGGAGCAGUGGAGUAAAAUCCUGGCCCAGUCUGCUGCCAUGGCGACCUGUGAACGCGACGCACUGCUGGAAAAGCUUUAUGAUCAAAUGGAGAGAGAGCUGCAGCUUCUAGGAGUGACCGCAAUAGAGGACAGACUUCAGGAGGGAGUCCCAGAGACUAUAGCUCUGCUUCAACAGGCUGGGCUUAAAAUAUGGGUUCUGACUGGGGACAAAAAAGAGACUGCAGUGAAUAUUGGAUAUUCUUGCAAACUCCUGGAUUCUGAUACCAGAUUACUGGAAUGGCAGGAGCUGAGACAGAUACUCCAGUCCCCAGACCCAGUGGUCAGUUUUUUCAAGGGCAGACAGACAGAGCUGUGGGCUGUAGACAAGGGGAGGACUGAAGGAAAGACUGCUAUAGUCCUCACUGGACCUGAACUGGCAGAGUUUGACCAGAGACCAGAUUGGGGGACCACGUUCAUGAGCCUGGCAGCCGGGUGUCAGUCGGUGUUAUGCUGCCGUGUAACACCCGGACAGAAGGCUGAAAUUGUCACGUUGGUCAGGAAACACACCAACUCAGUCACCAUGUCGAUCGGGGACGGUGCCAAUGAUGUAAACAUGAUCAAGACGGCUCAUGUUGGUGUGGGAAUAGCAGGAGUGGAGGGAGGCCAGGCAGUGCAGAACGCAGACUUCGCAUUGUCCCAGUUCAGAUUUCUGCAGAGGCUCUUGCUGGUCCACGGGCGCUGGUCCUACAGACGCAUUUCAAUCUUCUUGCGCUACUUCCUGUUUAAGACGUGUGGUUUUGCUCUCGUGCACAUAUGGUUUGGUUUCCUCAAUGGCUUCAGUGCGCAGACUCUGUAUGAGAAUUGGUUCAUCGCUCUCUACACUGUCUUCUACACAUCGACCCCAAUUAUGCUUUUGGCCUUCUUUGAACAGGAUGUGAGUUCAGAAAGCAGCCUGAGAUGGCCUGAGCUAUACAAGAUUGGACAGAGACAGGAGCUCUCCAGCCCUCUCCUGCUCUCCUUGUCACUUUUGCACGCCGUCUACGCAUCACUUAUUUUCUUCUUCAUCCCAUGCGGAGUGUUCUACAACACAGCCUUUGACUACCAGACUAUGGCAGUCACUGUCUCCAUGGCAGCCACGUUCACUGCCAUCAUUGAGAUUGUGCUGGUGACCAGAUACUGGACGAAGUUCAAUAUAGCAGCUGUGUGUGUCACUUUUUUGCUUUUCUUCAUCUGUACCAGGAUCACCCACAGCAACAGACUUUUUGAGAGCGCACCCAAGGAGUAUUUCUUUAUCGGUGCGUCUGAAAAGGCCUUCGCCGAUCCAGUUGUAUGGCUCACUGCUCUGCUCACUGCCUGCACGGCUAUUUUGCCCUCCAUGACAGCUCAUGCUCUCAAUGUCAUACUCACCGUCCGUAGCAAACACAAGAUCCACAGUACACCCCUUCAGCCAGUUGAGCUGAGGUCAAAGAUGACAAGAGGAACGCCUUUUCGCCGUUCCUCUUACGCCCUCUCUCAGGGAGCCGGGCAUGGACGCCUCAUCACUUCGACGACUUCCAUGCGCAGCAUUGCAAUGUCGUUGGAUCAGAAGGUGACUGCAAGUAAAAACUCCACUGACAAAUUCACAUGAAGGACUGAAUCAAAGACAUAACUAAUGACUUGUUUAGUUUUGAUACUGGAAAUAUGUGAUCAUUUAGAUGUUAUUGCCACAUAGAACUGUGAAGAUGAUUCCUUGUAUGUCCUGUAUCUCACUACUACUUCUGUGGGCAAUUCUUAGUAGAGCCUGCAUCUUUUGUAUAGCUGCUAUUUUCCAAUAAAGUAAAUUACAUGAUGUA